CGGCGCCCUAUUUCCUUUCCUCGCUCGCUGUAAAUGGGCAAGUGCGUGAGCUCUGGCAGAAUUCAAGUCAUCAACGGUCACAAACUUUAGUCACAAACAGCGUUUAACUUUCAUCUUAAGGCAAGCAAUACAUCAGUGGUUAAAAAAUUAGGUCAGUGUUGUUUCUGAACCGCUUCGGUGUGUUUUAGUCGUUUGUUUGAGGCGUAAACAUUGCAAAAGAGGAGUUGUGGGUGGGUUUGACGGUUAUGGCAGCACCGCGACCCAUUAAAGGGAUUCUGAAGAACAAAUCCAGUAUCAAAGCCCGACCCGAAGAGCCAGUCCAGGACACCCCAGAACCAGCACCCCCUAUAAACUCUGAAGACGACCAACAGAAGAAGUCACAGAAAUGGGAUGAAAUGAACAUUUUGGCCACAUAUCACCCGGCAGAUAAGGACUAUGGGCUGAUGAAGAUAGACGAACCCAGUACGCCAUACCACAGGAUGGUCGGUGAUGACGAAGAUGAGGGGGCGCUCAGCGAUUCAGACGGGAACACAGUCCUACCCGGAGACGACCUCGCUAAGAAGCUGGCGGCAGCAGUGGAGGGCGCAGAAUCUCGCUUCAUGGAGGAACCAGAAGAGGAGAGCAGUGAGGAAGAUGAGGAGGAGUUGAGUCCAGAGGAUCAAGCCAGAAAGAAGCAGUUUCAGAUGAUGAGGAAGAUGCAUUAUAAUGAAGGUAUGAACAUUAAACUAGCCCGACAACUCAUCGCUAAUGAGCUGGAAGAGGAGGAAGAUGAGGAUGAAGAGAUGAAGGAUGACACAGAGACCGAGGAUAUCACCAUUGACCCCCCGCAAGAUGCUGAUUCCUUGGAUUCAUAAGGAUGUCAAGAUUUGUCCUUAAACUCCUGCCUUGUCACAUGAACCUCUAGAAGGCGCAGUGUCGUCACCUUUUGGGUUUAGCUCCAGGAUUCCCCUCCACCCUGUGUAUUCCACCAACACCACAAUGCCACACAUAUCAACCAGAUCCCUUUUUUGCCAAACGUUAGUCAUCAUGCUAAGAAACGAGACUGUUAUCAAACCGUUACAGGCCUGGACUCCACCCUCUUCCUGUGGCCAAGAGCGUGGGAGCUCCAUGCCUAGCCGCUGACAGGCCACUGAGAAGUGUGCUUGUGCCCAGCGCUGCUCUUGUCAUACAAUGAACCAUACUGAUUCUCUUAUUUCCCAGCACCACUGUUAUUGACGUUUAAGUAAUUGAGUUUAAUGCCAUUUGAACAAGCUGGUGGUUUAGCAUGCACUGGUAAAGGGGGACUGAUGUGGUCUUGGGCUUUGUCGCACACACAUAUAGCCCGUUUUAAACUGCUCACAUGAGCUCUACUGUAUGCAUGGCUUCUGAAAACCAUGUUUAAUUACAUUGGCACUAAUUGUAUUUGCCCUGUGUUUAAAUUAACAGAUGAGUAUUACAUAACUAGCUAUAAAACUACUGAUCAAAAGCUUUUCCAAAACUACAACAGCUUUAAUAGAUGCUGAACAGUUCUGAAGGUUUUUGUCUUGGCAUCCUUAUUGAGCUUUGUUUGUUUUGAUUGCCUUUUUUAAAAACGCCAUUAUAAUGGGGUUGUUUUUUUUUUUCUUUUUUGUGAUUACUGAAGAAUAUAAUUAUAGUGCAGUACCAAAUAAAAGAGAAAUUAAUUUGACCCAAGCAAUUUGACCUUUAAAAAGGCUGUUAUUCUGGUGUAUUUUGUCAAUUUAUAGUCUAACUCUCAUACAAUAUAUGUGUGUUGUAUUAAAAAAAAAAAUGCUAAAUGGGUGAAUGCCGGAAAACCUGGCAAUAACUCUUAAGGGGGGAGGGGGGAGGGGGGGGGGGGAGAGAUUAUAUUUUGCAUAUUUUAGUACCAUAUAUUACAGAAAUGAGUCAGAAUAUUUUGUGCACUACAAUGAGUUAUCGUUACUGUAAUAAAGAAAGUCAUUCAGAAUCAUUAUCGUAAUGCAAAAAAAUUGUUUCAUUACCGCAAUGAAAAAAAUAUUCUGACACUACCAAAAUGCAAAAAAAUUCUGACCUAAUUGCAAAAUGCAAAAAGACUCCUACAUAUAAUGAGAAUUAAGAAUAAAAUGUUAAAUAUAAACUAAAACAUCCUGAUACAUUACAGUAAUGAUGAAUUUUUUUUAAAAUAUUUAAACAUUUACUUAAUGUUUAAGUUUAAUGAAACAAUCAAAUAAUUAAAGUUCUAAUUUUAAUGAUUUUCUGUUUUUGUUCUUUUUGAGAUAUAAUAUAAUAACAAUUAUGUAUGUUCUUGACGGGUUUUACGAAAUUCACCCAGGUAUUGACACAGCAUUGCUUUUUGGAAUCAGUGCUUCAAUGCAACACCGUAUCUGCCUGAAUGCAUUUUAAAGCAUUUUCUGGCUAAUGUAUUUAUUCUCAACGUAAAACCAGCAGAAUCAUUUGUUUGAGAUCUGUGUUUUUGAGAUGUGUUAAAUUUAAGUUCAAAUUUUUACAUGCCCUGCCCUUGACUGAAUGAUGUCAGAAAAAAAAUUCUUGCAAUCGCUCAAACAGUGCUGGACACAUUGAACCUAAUAGCACUUAUUUGUUAAUUGGUUGCCUAUUUUUAAUGGAAAAAGUGAAAGGUCUGGUUUUGUUCUUCAAUGUCCCAUCAGUCAUUGAUGUGGAUUGCACUGGCUUCAUACGGUCAAGUCAAAUAUAGUUUUAUCCUACAUUUGUACAUUCUCAAGCACAAAUGCUUAAACAAGUGCUUUGAUUUUGAUUAUGUUGAACUUUCUGUUUUGUUUUUCUUGUAUUUUGUGUAAUUUGGCCAUUAUGUGACCAUUUUUAAGAUUUUUUUUUUUUUUUCCUUAAAUAGAUGUGCAUGUUCUUCAAAUGAAAAUGUGCAUAUUUGUCAUCAUUAAAAUGUUGGUAUGAA